CGCUCGCUUCCGCCUUCCAUCGUUGACUGAGACGCAUUCAUUGAGUGCCUGAAGAAAUUCGUUCACUUCACCUGUCUGUCACACCCAAAGCAACAUGUCUGGCCAACGCGGUCGUGGUGGCAGUGGUGACCGCGGUCGUGGAGGAAGUCCGUAUCGUGGCCGUGGUCGUGGUGGCAAGGAUGAUGGUCCAGCCGGUCGUCCCCCUCCUGGCCCAUCUGGUCAGCAACUCCCCUUCCACGGUGGUCCACCAAGAGGACGUGGGGAUGGUCCGAGAGGAGGCUAUGGUGGGGGCCAACGAGGAGGGUACGGCCAGCGUGGAGGAAGAGGUGGUGCGCCCGGAGUUGUCGAUGCUGGUCCUCUGCCAGGCAUCUACCAAGAAAACGCUACCGUCCCGCAGCCCGACCCCUCCAUCAAAAUCGCUGAAGACGCCCUCGUCGAGCUCACUCGCGGCAAGUACAUCGAUGGCUUUCCUGGACGUCGCGGCUUCGGAACGAAAGGAAGACACAUCAUCCUGCGCACAAACUAUUUCAAGAUCAACACACCUUAUGACUCCACGCCUGCCGCCGACAUCCCGCCCAAAGGCCUCUUCAAGUACGAUGUCUCAACUACCCAAGACGUCAGCAAGAAACCUCGCCAACGCCUGAUGCGACACAUUCUGGAGACUUUGCCCUUCUUCCAAGGCAAGACCUGGGCAACGGAUCUCAGCGGCAUCAUCAUCACCACCGACAAAGCCGACCUGGGGCCCGCCAACGUCUGGGAGGGCGAGAUGAUGAUUCCCCCUCGCAACGAGGAGACUGAUGUCUCGCAAGGACAAGUGCCCGAUUUCGUGCAGGCUGCUCGUGCCCGCAACACCGUCAAUGUGAGGAUCGCACUCGCCAGGGAGUACACGAUGUACGAGAUCAUGGACUAUCUCAAGGACCCAAAUGUCCGACCAAUGUCCGAAGACCACGAGAACAUCAUCCAGCUGCUCAACAUCAUCAUCUGCAAGGAGCCCAAGAUGAAGGGGAACGUGGUCAAUGUCGGCAACAACAAGUUCUACCCCUUCGGAGACAACCCGAUGAAGACGGCUUACCCUCUGGGCGCCGGUUUGGAGGCUCUGAGAGGCUUCUACACCAGCGUACGCCCGGCCAUCAAUCGACUCUUGCUCAACGUCAACGUGUCCAGUGGAGCUUUCUACACGCCCGUGCCGCUGAUACAGCUGAUCUACGAUGCAGGCAUGAGAGAUAAUCUCGGAGCCGCAGAGGAGUUCAUACGUGGCUUGAGUGUGAAGGCGGAAUACACCAAAGACGGCAAGGUCACCAUGACCAAGUUCAAGACCAUUGCCGGUUUCGCCAGGGAACUCGAUCCUCCAACCUUCCGCGUGAAGCGCUUCGGCAAUGCGAAUGAUGUCAACUUCAAGUACUACGACAGAUCGCUCCCCAACGCCCCCGAGCGUCAGACGACGGUCGCCCAAUACUUCCUCCGCGAGCGUGGCAUCACACUCGAAAAACCAACCGCGCCGGUGCUGAAUGUGGGAACGGCAAAGGACCCGCAGUACAUUCCAAUGGAGAUCUGCACGGUCCUUCCUGGCCAACCCCACAGGCGCUUUCUCGAAGGUGAGCAGACGAGUUCGAUGAUCAGAUUCGCUGCCCGACGUCCGAACCAGAACGCCGUCUCCAUUGCCGGCACGCCUACCGACCCUGGCACUGGACUCAAGCUGUUCGGUCUUGCAGGUGCGGGGAACGCUCAGCUUGCGACGGUCAAGAAAUUCGGCUUCAGCGUCGAUACGGAGAUGCUCACUGUUCCUGGUCGCAUCCUGCCCAUUCCACGGGUCGACUACAGCGGCAAAUCGGUCACUCCUUCUGGCGGUUCCUGGAACCUAAGCCAACAGCGAUUUCAUGUGCCUGGCAGUAUCGGGAACUGGAAGGUUCUAGUGAUCGACACCGAGCGACGUACCGCAUUGCAAGACCAGCCAGCGGAGGGGCGUACACCGGACGAUCUCAUUGCAGAACUGGCAAGGACACUUGGGCGCUAUGGGAUCAAAGCGGGACGCCGCGAGGCCACUCAACGCAUCAGGCUUGCGGAGCUCAACUUCGGCAAUCGCACGCAGAACGAUGCGAUGAUUCGCCAAGCUUUCCAGAACGCCGAUGCACAAGGCGUAAGAAUGAUGAUGGUUGUCCUUCCGGUGGUCGACAAGUGGCUGUACGCUCGCAUCAAAUACUACGGAGACGUCAAAUUCGGGAUUCACAGCAUCAACGCCGUCGGCCAGAAGCUGCAAAAGGCCAACGGAGAGGCAAUUUUCAUGGGCAAUUUGGCACUCAAGUUCAAUAUCAAGGGAGGUGGUGUGUCCCACAGAGUUCCAAACACCCUCUCCGGGCCUCUGGACAACAGCACCAUGUUGAUGGGUAUCGACGUCACCCACCCAUCGCCUGGCUCUUCCGAAGGGGCACCAAGCAUCGCCGCUGUCGUUGCCAGCGUUGAUGAGAGCCUAUUCCAAUGGCCAGGGAGCGUGCGCACGCAAACAGGCAGGAAGGAAAUGGUGGACUUUCUGGAAGACAUGGUUCUGGAGCGUCUAGACACCUGGCGCAAGAGACACAACAAGCUUCCCACCAAAAUCGUGCUCUACCGCGAUGGCGUCUCCGAGCCUCAAUACAAAGAUGUGCUCAACCUUGAACUGCCAUCUUUCGAAGGCGCCUUUGCCAAACGCUACGGCGAAAAGCGCAACUGGCCCAGGAUGGCCAUCAUCGUCGUCGGCAAGCGUCAUCACACCCGCUUCUACCCCACCAAAGCAGAAGACGGUGACCGGUCUUUCAACCCCCAGCCCGGCACCGUCGUUGACCGCGGGAUCGCCGGCCGCGUGCUGGCGGAAUUCUGGCUGCAAGCCCACCAAGGCCUCCAAGGCACCGCCCGGCCGGCGCACUACGUCGUCAUCAAAGACGACAUCGAGUUCAAAGCAGAUGACCUAGAGCGCAUCACGCACCACUUGUGCUACCUCUUCAACCGCGCCACCAAGGCUGUGUCGAUUUGUCCUCCUGCAUACUAUGCUGACCUGCUGUGCGAGCGCGGACGAGCGUAUUUGUACACCAUGCUGGCGGAGAACCGUGGAGGGGCGAGGUUUGAUCCUCAGCAGGCGGAGUGGACACAGGGGGUGCAUCCGAGGUUGAAGGAUUCGACUUGGUACAUUUGAGCGCGGGGUUUCUUCUCACGACUGAUACGAGGAAUGAAUACGGGAGAUGAAGGAGAUUCGCGGUGUUUUUGAUUCAGAGAUGGAUGAUGCAUUGAGGGCUGUCUCCCGUGGAUACGGCUGCGGCUGGACUCUUGCAUCGAUGAUGAUUGUGCUACUUGUUGCGUUGGGUCAUGCGUUCAUUUC